CGUCCAGUCUCAACCACAAAACCAUGAAGCAGAAAUCAGAACAGAGCAGAGCCAUGGCCAUGGCUUCGCUUCACCUCCUCCCAAACUCCCCUUCCCCCAUCUCCCACGCAUUCCCUUCCCCAAUCCACACCCAUGCUCUAUCCCCUUCCUCGGCGUACCAUCCUCAGCGAGGACGGCUCCGAUUCGUCGCCGCCGCCGCGAAGAAGAAGAAGAACCCUUGGCUCGACCCCUUCGACUACGGAGAGGACCCCGACAUCGAGUACGGAUCCCUCUUCGCCGACGGAAAGCAGGAGGAGGACCCUCGCCCUCCCGACAACCCCUCCAACCCCUACGGCUUCCUCAAGUUUCCCAUGGGAUUCAACGUCGAGCUCGCCUCGCUCGCCUCCAAGAUCCGCGGCGACGUGCGCCUCUGCUGUUGCGUCAUCUCCGGCGGAGUCUACGAGAACCUCCUCUUCUUCCCCGUGAUCCAGCUCAUCAAGGAUAGGUACCCCGGCGUGCAGAUCGACGUCGUUGCCUCGCCCAGGGGGAAGCAGGUGUACGAGGUGAACAAGAAUGUGAGGUGGGCGAAUGUGUAUGACCCCGACGAAGAUUUCCCGGAGCCGGCGGAGUACGUCAACAUGAUCGGUCUGUUAAAGAAUCGAUACUAUGAUUUGAUCUUGUCGACCAAGCUUGCUGGACUUGGCCAUGCCGCAUUCCUGUUCAUGACAUCUGCUCGAGACAAAGUAAGCUACGUGUACCCUAAUGUCAAUGCAGCAGGCGCAGGCCUGCUGCUCACAGAGACCUUCACUUCUCCAACCAUGAACCUCUCCGAACGUGGAUACCACAUGUACGAUGAAAUGGAGGAAUGGUUAGGGAGACCAUUUCGCAGUGUGCCAAGGCACCCAGUGUCUCCUCUCAGAGUGUCCAUCUCAAAGAAGCUCAGGGCCUAUGUGGAAGAAAAAUACAGUGAAGUCGGAGUUCGAAAGGGGGGAUUUGUUGUCAUUCAUGGCAUUAAAACAGAUUCUGUGGCUUCAAUGAGAUCCAAGGGGGACAGUGAUAGCUUGUUGCCGAUCCAAGUUUGGGCUGAAAUAGUAAAAGGUUUGAGGGGUGUGAAGCCUCUCUUUGUCAUCCCACAUGAGAAAGUGAGGGAGGAUGUAGAGGAAGUGGUCGGAGAUGACACACAUAUCCUCUUCAUUACCACUCCUGGCCAGCUAGCAGCUCUCGUUGAUGAUGCAAUCGGAGUAAUUGCCACAAACACUGCUGCCCUGCAACUUGCUAAUGCUCGCAACAAACCGAGUAUUGCAUUGUUUUCUUCUGAAGAAAAAGCAAACACCUUUGUUCCUAAUGCCCGAGAAAAGAGGUGUUCAAUCAUUGCAUCAAGCACAGGAAAGCUAAUAGACAUUGAUGUUGAGUCUGUGAAGAACGCAGUGGGAAUUUUUGAAGGCUCUAAAGUUUUUGCAUAGAAAACAGAAGAGCAGAACCCUUUUGAUCACAUUGGAGAUUGUGUUUGUGUGUGUAUAUAAUAUAUAUUAAUUAUGGUUCUUUUACUAAUUUUUGCCCUUUUCUUUGUAUAA